CGAAACGCCACGGAAACUACAACUCCCGGCUUGCCCUGCUGACCCAGGCCAUCUCAUUGGCUCAAUGCUGACCUAGCAUUGUGUUUGCAAUCAAGUCUGGUUGCGUCGUGUGAGGGCUGGCUGAAAGGAAUACUUUUGUGGUAGGUGUUGCAGAUUUGUCUUGGAUUUGCUAUCUGGAAACAUGGAAAUGCCAUCGUACUACACCAAACUCCUUGGGGAGUUGAAUGAGCAGCGGAAGAGAGAUUUCUUCUGCGACUGUAGCAUCAUUGUAGAAGGAAGAAUCUUUAAGGCUCACAGGAAUGUGUUGUUCGCAAACAGUGGUUAUUUUCGAGCCAUGCUUGUCCACUACAUACAAGACAGUGGAAGGCACAGUACGGCUUCUUUGGAUAUUGUCACCUCUGAGGCAUUCUCCACCAUACUGGACUUCCUGUACUCUGGAAAACUCAACUUGUGUGGUGAGAAUGUAAUUGAGGUUAUGAGUGCAGCCAGCUACCUGCAGAUGACAGAUGUGGUUAACUUCUGCAAGGCCUAUAUUCGCUCCUCCCUGGACAUCUGUAGGAAGAUAGAAAGGGAGUGUUCUUUUGGACAAGCAGACAGUGGGAGUGAUGGCUUAGGCAAUGGAAGAGCAACAGUUCAUGGGGGCUUGCAAGAGAAAGGAGGAGAUGGAGUCUGUCAGAAGGAACCACCUUGUGGGGAUUGUAGUAGCUGUAACUCAGUAGAACUGAUAGAUAAGGAUAACCCCAGUAUAGGGUCUCCUGACGAAAAGAGCUCCGGCAAGGUGGUUGAACCCAAAGAAGAGUUUGACUCAGAUGUGGUGGAGGUAACAGAAGGUUUGCAGCCUUAUCAGAUGUCAUCAGGAAUAGACCAAGGAGAGGAAAGUUUGCAUGGAUCUUCUGGAAUGGACAUCGCAUGUAAUAACUACCACAUGAAGCAGUUUCUAGAAGCUCUCCUGCGUAACAGUUCGGCACAGAAGAAGGAUGAACAAAUGCAUCACUUCUCACGUGAUUUUGAGUCUCGUCCAGAGGAUUCCGGUGUUCCGAUGAGUUCUAUGAUCGACAUCCAGGGUGACUGGUAUGGGGAGGAUACAGGUGAUGUUCUGGUUGUUCCCAUUAAACUGCACAAGUGCCCGUUCUGUCCAUACACAGCCAAGCAAAAGGGCAUUCUGAAGCGUCACAUCCGUUCACACACCGGAGAAAGACCAUACCCGUGUGAAAUUUGUGGCAAGAGGUUUACUCGACAAGAACACCUUCGCAGUCAUGCACUAACUGUUCAUCGCUCCAACCGCCCAAUUAUCUGUAAGGGAUGCCGUCGAACCUUCACCAGCAGUCUGUCUCCCGGUCUGAGACGUUUUGGCUUGUGUGACAGCUGCACCUGUGUCACUACAACGCAUGAUGAGUCCCAUCAGAGAGGUCCUAAUGAAUCUGCAAAUGAGAGCUUGGACAAGGAUGAAGUAGAUGGUGACUGGCCCAUCUACAUUGAAUCUGGAGAUGAGAAUGAGGCAGCUGAAGAAGAGGCAGAAGAUAAGGAACAAAUACAUAGAGAGGUCCUGAUGUGAUCCGAGCAAUGAACGUAUCAUCGCUUCUCUAUUCCAGACAUUUAAGUAGGAUUGCUCUUGAAAAUUAACCUCCGUCCCUUAGUCGGCCCAUGUUCUUCUCAAAGGUAUGCAGGUUUCUUGCCUGAAAGACAAUGUACAUUGGCACUGGCUGGUAGUGGGCCUCUAACUUUUUGAUCAAACCUUACUUUUCAUUUAAGUGCUGUGCACUGAAUACUAUAGUCACAAAUAUGUGACUGGUUUUACCAUCAUUUUGAAAAUUCUCCAGUGUUUUGAAGGGACUGCAGUGCUGAACAGCAGCCUGGAACCAAAACGAAUUACUGUAAAUAGAAGAAACAGUUACUGUCCUUCGCUCAGACGAGUCUUCUGUACUCCACCACUCACACGGCAAU